AUGUCAUCGGGAGCUUGGGAAGAAAGGGUCUCCCUCUCCAGUAUGGACAGAAAGGUUACAGUCCAUGAAGAUGGGUGUCCUGUGGUCUCUUGGGUCCCUGAGGAGGGAGAGAUGAUGGACCAGAAAGACAAGGACCAGGUGAAGGAUCGAGGCCAAUGGACCAACAAGAUGGAGUUUGUGCUGUCAGUGGCUGGGGAGAUCAUUGGGCUAGGCAAUGUCUGGAGGUUUCCCUAUCUCUGCUACAAGAAUGGAGGUGGAGCCUUCUUCAUCCCCUACUUCAUCUUCUUCUUCAGCUGUGGCAUCCCAGUGUUCUUCCUGGAGGUGGCACUGGGUCAGUAUAGCAGCCAGGGGAGUGUUACUGCUUGGAGGAAGAUCUGUCCCUCCUCCAAGCCCUCUCUCUCUGCUCCCGCAGGCAUUGGCAUAGCAUCUGUGGUCAUUGAGUCUUAUUUGAACAUCUACUACAUCAUCAUCCUUGCCUGGGCUCUCUUCUACCUGUUCAGCUCCUUCACCUGGGAGCUUCCCUGGACAACCUGUACCAACUCCUGGAACACAGAACAUUGCGUGGACUUUCUGAACCACUCAUCGACCAGAGCCGGGAGCUACUCUGAGAACUUCACCUCACCAGUCAUGGAAUUCUGGGAGAGACGGGUUUUGGGUAUUACGUCAGGCAUCCAUGACCUGGGGUCCCUGCGCUGGGAGCUGGCCCUGUGCCUCCUGCUUGCCUGGAUCAUCUGCUACUUCUGCAUCUGGAAGGGGGUCAAGUCCACGGGCAAGGUUGUUUACUUCACAGCCACUUUUCCCUACCUGAUGCUGAUUAUUCUCCUGAUCCGGGGUGUUACCCUUCCUGGAGCCUACCAGGGCAUCGUCUUCUACCUGAAGCCAGACUUGCUCCGCCUCAAGGACCCCCAGGUGUGGAUGGAUGCGGGCACCCAGAUCUUCUUCUCCUUUGCCAUCUGCCAGGGGUGCCUCACGGCCCUGGGCAGCUACAACAAGUACCACAACAACUGCUACAGGGACUCCAUCGCCCUCUGCUUCCUGAACAGUGCCACCAGCUUCGUGGCUGGUUUUGUUGUCUUCUCCAUCCUGGGCUUCAUGUCUCAGGAGCAGGGCGUGCCCAUUUCUGAAGUGGCUGAGUCAGGUCCUGGACUGGCUUUCAUUGCCUUCCCCAAAGCAGUGACGAUGAUGCCUUUGUCCCAGCUGUGGUCCUGCCUCUUCUUCCUCAUGCUCCUAUUUCUAGGGCUGGACAGUCAGUUCGUCUGUAUGGAGUGCCUGGUCACUGCUUCCAUGGAUAUGUUUCCUCAGCAGCUCCGAAAGAGAGGCCGGCGGGAGCUGCUGAUCCUCGCAGUUGCUAUCGUGUGCUACCUGAUGGGGCUCCUUCUGGUCACUGAGGGUGGGAUGUACAUUUUCCAGCUCUUUGACUACUACGCCUCCAGCGGAAUAUGCCUACUCUUCCUCUCCUUGUUUGAGGUCAUCUGCAUCGGCUGGGUGUACGGGGCGGAUCGUUUCUAUGACAACGUGGAGGACAUGAUUGGCUAUCGGCCAUGGCCCUUGGUGAAGAUCUCUUGGCUCUUCCUGACCCCUGGUCUUUGCCUGGCCACCUUCUUCUUCUCCUUGAGCAAGUAUACACCUCUCAAAUACAACAAUGUCUACAUAUACCCUUCUUGGGGAUACUCCAUUGGAUGGCUCUUGGCUUUUUCCUCCAUGGCCUGUGUACCGCUCUUUAUUAUCAUCACCCUCCUGAAGACCCAGGGCUCCUUCAAGAAGCGCCUUCAAAGACUCAUCACACCAGAUCCCAGUCUGCCCCAGCCAGGGAGGCGUUCACCUCAGGAUGGCUCCUCUGCUCAAAACUGUUCCACCGCUCCAGUCAAGCAAGAACUCAUUGCCUGGGAGAAGGAGACACAUUUGUAGGGAGUGCCAGAGGCCAGGCGACUCCAGAGCCAGGAACCUGGUCAAGGCUAGCUCCUCCCAGGGAGAACCUCUCUUCCACCCUGCUGAGACCUCCCAGGUCUCUGGACACCCCUGCCAGUCUUCGUUUGGCUGGGACAGCCUGUCACCUACCAGUCCUUUCCAGGUGUGCUCCAGGAAUCUGUUUGCCAAGACUUUUGAACUCAAUGUCCUGACUUUUUGGACUUAAAAAAUGAAGAAUCAGAAAGGCAAAGUGAUAUUUUCAAGGUCAUGCAGCCUCUCAGAGCCCAAGACCUUCCUUGGACUUGCUGCUCUCUGCUGAGGAGAACCUCCAGCCUCACCCCUGCAGCAGUUAACAAGCCUGUGUGGAUCACCCGCUA